UCACCUUUGGUAUGUGCCUUUCUUUCUUUGGUCUCUCUGUAGCCUUACUGUAUGUUGAGACUCGUAAUUGGAGUAUUUACAGUAUUUCACACAAUUUCCGUCGGUCUGUUUUUCUGUCUUUUUCCAUGCACUCUAUUCCUUGGUACCUCACAAAAGUACUACAUCAAGUCAGGUACCAGCCAUGUGAAGACAUACAUCUAAACAUUCACGAGGAAAUUAAUUCAUACCAUCAAACUCCGAUCCAGACCAUCUGGGGCCUUUUUGAUUGGCAAAUCCGCACCGCCAGAUAUACAUCUCUCACCCCUGGCUAUGCGAUCCGAUUAGCCCGUUCACCCUCGACACCUUAUAUAUUGAACCAAUAGAGAUAGCCAACCUGGACUAUAUUCUCUCGCUCUAGUUUGAAUGCACUUGGAUCUAAGCCAAUAGCCUUUGCAACCACCUUUGACAUGAAACGAAGCCCACAGCAACUGCCGAUUAGCUGAGAAACAUAUCCGAGGUGCAAGUCACAUG